AUGUUUGCUUGUGGUACUGUUACUGUGACUGCUACUCCGACCACCAGUGGUUGGGAAACAGCAGCUCCUAGGACAACCAGAACUCCUAUCACGACCAGUAUUACCACUCCGUCCAGCACCAUCACUCCGUCCAGGACUCCCAGGACUCCCACUAUGUCCAGGGCUUCUUCUCCGUCUAGCAUUCGCAUCACAUUCAGUGCGUGA